UACUCACUCAGGCAAUCCCUGCUCCACCAGAGGAGACUGUCCAAUUGCCAAGCAACCCACUGGUGGCCAAUCACAGAGCUUGGAGGUGAUGUCAUGGUGAGAGCGAGCAGUGGUGCUGAUGUUGAGAGAAGCCCAGGGUACCACUAAUUGAGGGAGUGAGGAAGAGAGCAGCUCGCUUCUAACUGGACUGCACGUUGGUGACAGCGUCCCGAGCUGGUAACAGACCCACUCUGUAACUUUCAGCUAGAUUCAGCCACCAGAUCCCAGAAACAUGACCCUUGCUGCCUACAAAGAGAAGAUGAAGGAGCUCCCGCUGGUGUCCUUGUUCUGCUCCUGCUUCCUGGCGGAUCCCCUGAAUAAGUCGUCCUACAAAUAUGAAGGCUGGUGUGGGAGACAGUGUAGGAGGAAGGAUGAAAGCCAGCGGAAAGACAGUGCUGACUGGAGAGAAAGAAGAGCGCAGGCAGACACGGUGGACCUGAAUUGGUGCGUCAUUUCCGACAUGGAAGUCAUUGAGCUGAACAAAUGCACCUCGGGCCAGUCCUUUGAAGUCAUCCUGAAGCCACCCUCCUUUGAUGGCGUGCCCGAGUUCAACGCCUCCCUGCCCAGGCGGCGAGACCCAUCCCUGGAAGAGAUCCAGAAGAAACUAGAAGCGGCUGAGGAGCGAAGGAAGUACCAGGAAGCGGAGCUCCUGAAACACCUAGCAGAGAAACGGGAACAUGAGAGAGAGGUGAUCCAAAAAGCCAUUGAGGAAAACAACAACUUCAUCAAGAUGGCUAAGGAAAAACUGGCCCAGAAGAUGGAAUCCAACAAGGAGAACAGGGAGGCCCACCUCGCCGCCAUGUUGGAACGGCUGCAAGAGAAGGACAAGCACGCCGAGGAGGUACGGAAAAACAAGGAGCUGAAGGAAGAGGCCUCCAGGUAAAGCCUAGAGGCCAAAGAACUUUCCAGGUCAGCCGGACAGCUCCAGCAGCUCCACGUUCCAGGCAGCCUCGCCCGCCGGCUGCGCUCCCAGCACUGGGGUUUGGGGGGAGGGGGGUGGCCAAGGGGCGUUUCCUCUGCUUUUGGUGUUUGUACAUGUUAAGAAUUGACCAGUGAAGCCAUCCUAUUUGUUUCCGGGGAACAAUGAUGGGGUGGGAGAGGGGAGAGGAGAGAGUUUGGGAAAGGGAGAUGGAGAAGAACUCAAGGACGUUGCAACCCUGCCCGGCGCAGAUCUGAUUUUCACAUCUCUACCUGGACAUUGAGCCUCCAGGCACCAUGUUGAGGAGAGAUGAAAACCAGGGCAGUAGAACUUCAGGGUGAAGGACAGAGCCCUGGGUGGGGCAGCGGCUGCAGGGCGCACCAGAGAACCCAGCCAGAGGGGGUGUGAGGACCAGAGGUGUUGCUUCCGCCCUGCAGCAGGUGGGAUGAGGUCUAUGUGUGUGUGUGAACCAUCAUUUUUUGAUCAUCAUGACCAAUGAAACAUUGA